AUGUCAGCCCAAAAGGACAGAUGGAUUUGUUCCUUCUCUAUCCUGCUCUUCUGUGCUUCCUCCGUCCCAACACGGGGAAGUGCGAGGCUGCUGCAGGAGCUGAGCCCCCAGGAGUAUUUCAGUAGCUUGCAAGCCGGCAGAGCAUCCCUGGCUUAUUUCAGCCCUAACGUUUCUCCUGGUGCCCAGCCCUUCUUGGAGCAGAUACAGAACUCGGCCGAGACCCUCCAGGACUAUGGCAUUUCGGUGGUGAAGGUUAAUUGUCCCAAAGAGGAUGUCUCAAGAUACUGCAGAAGAGAAGAUGCGUUAAGGAAAGCCUACCUGUUCAGAGGUAACGUGCUGAUCAGAGAGUUCCCCACCGAUGCCUUGUUUGAUGUGAACUCCAUCGUUGCUAACAUUUUGUUUGCCCUGCUCUUCAAUGAAGUUAAAUACGUUGAAACGCUGGCAGAUCUUCAGAACAUUGAAAAUGCGUUGAAAGGGAGGUCGAACAUGGUCUUUGCCUAUGUACCAGCUACUGGGACGGCAGAGCACAGAGCCGUGAUGGAGGCGGCUUUUGCUUACGGGACCGUCCACCAGUUUGUUCUGACAACUGAGGCAACGCUGCUGAAAGAGGUUGGCAGCGACGAGCCUGAUGUGUCAUCUGCCCAGCUGUUGUUCUGCCACUGCCAGCGGGCCACGGACCCAGAGCAGCCCUGCAGGAGGACAGCCAUGGGGCAGGCUCUGACCUUGCUCAACAUCCACCGGCACCUCAAGCUCAUGGGGGCUCCUCUGGUGACAGAGGUUGCUGAGGACCCGGAGAAGGUUUCCACCGUUCACUUACAGCUUGGGCUGCCACUUGUGUUCAUCCUCAGCCAGAAAGAGACCUACGAGGCUGACAGGAGGACGGCAGAGUUUGUGGCCUGGCAGCUCUUGGGGAAAGCAGGAGUUGCCCUUUUGUCCAGGGACCGCGUCGAUUUGAACGUUCUGCUCCGCUCAAACGUCGCUAUCAAGACACCGGAUGAGGGAGUGCCAAUCAAAUACCUGGUCUUGGAAGACACCGAUGAAGUUAUAACUCUGGUGGAAGAUAAGAACAAGGUGGAACAAAUCCAGGAGGAGGAGGAGGAGGAAGAUGAAGAUGAAAAAGAGAAUAACAAUCAAGACAUUCAGGAUGAUCAGGUGGUGGAAGCGGUUUCCAGGGACAAGAAGCGAGAGCUGCCCUUGGAGCAGAUCCUUGUCCUGACAGAGGAGACCUUCCGCUCUGCCCUCUUGGAGACUGCCCGCACAGUGGUGCUUUUUUAUGCCAGCUGGGAGGCCGUGUCCCUGGCAGUGCUGCAGUCUUACACCGAGGUGGCCGAUCACCUGAAAGGAACUCAGGGGGUUUUGCUUUCUCGAGUAAACUGCUGGGACUGGCCUGGCCUGUGCACCACAGAGAACGUCACUCAGGUUCCUACGGUCAAGAUUUACGAGAAGGAAGAGAGGUCAGUGAUGUACAAUGGCAUGUGGGGAACUGAAGAACUGACCAGCUUCAUCAUGCUGAGCCGAGUGUCCUGCCCUCUGAAGCUGACCACAGUUGAUGAAGCAGAAGGAUAUUUAAGAGGAGAGUUUCCAUCUGAGCUGUCAUCCUAUCACCACACUUCACUUCUAGGAGUAUUUAGCACAGCCACGAGUGAAGCCAGGGAAGCUUUCGAAGAGGCAGGAAACAUCUUAAGUGGCCAUGUAACGAUGGGGAUGUAUUUUGAAGACGAUGCUUUGGCUAUGUAA